UUAAGUUUCGAUCUGGGAGGCUCGUUCCAGAAUAGAGCAUAGGAUAGUAUCAUGCUCCCUGUUUUUGUGCGACCUGCGCAUCUGAGCUAUCGGGCUAGAUGUUGGAAGUGGGAGGACAGGCGUACGACUGACGAUUCGCGCGAGUGAAACGGUAAUGGCAGGCGGCAGAGGUGAUUCCUAACAAAUGGCUCUCUCUGAGGUGCAAAAUUUGGCUGCAAUCAUCAGCAACAAUGCUCUCGCUGUUGGCAAGCAGAUCGAACACGGGAUCAGUAUGUUCGAUACGUCAGCCGGCAAUCGGGCUACGGACGAUCUCCGUAAUGAAUCUAAUCCCUGGAGCUAUGACUUACUGGGUGGAAAUACCAAAGCCAAGGGGAACAUGGAGGAUGACGAUAGCCAGGAUAUGAACAAUUCGAUGAUCAAUGAUCUGGUGGCCAAGAUUCUUGAAGACGACUCUAUUGUCAGUGAUGACACAUAUGCAAAUAUUUAUAAUGGAAAUUCCUUCCAAUAUCAGAAUGAGUUACAGCCAUCUCGAAUGGGCAAAGUCAGAGACAGUACAACUUCCUGUCCUGUUGAGUUUAGUACGUCCCACAUGGGUUAUUCUUUUGGAAAAUUGUCCAAUGGCAUUCCUGAUACGACUGAGGAGGAAUGUGAAUACACAAACAUUUGUGGUGGACUGAAUAAUCUAAGUCUUAAUGUUUGCAUGGAUAAAGGAAAUCCUUAUUCCAAUGGGCUUGUGGCUAACUUACAAAGAUCAGAACAACAGCACAAUGCACUGAGUCCCAGCGACAGAGUUUUAUGUAACAACAGAAACUAUGUGCCUCUCUCGAAUGGAUUAUUAACUACUACAAAUGGAUUAAAUUAUAACGCGCAACCCUCUAAUUGGUCUGAGAACUUAAUUACGCGAGAUUAUUCCAAAGACUUAUUUGGCAACUAUCAACAAAUGGCACCACGUACUAACCCAGACUUCAACUUCAACGUAGCUCUGAAUCUAGCUCUGGAUUCACCUGAAGGAAUGGUCUUAAAUGAAAUGGAUGUACAUGGCAACAUGGGACAGAACGCUCCCCCAAAUCCGCACAGCAAUCCAAUAAUGAACGUUCACGAUUCAUAUAACGUGACGGCCACUAGCCAAAGCUACAGGCCCAGUUCAGCUAUGACUGACCUUAGUGCAGACUCAGGUUUCCUGUCAAAUUCGCCAUUGCAACACUUUUCACCUGCAGACACAGCUUUACAAAAUUGUUUUCCCAAUAAUUUCCCACGUAACAAUUUUGAGGAAUAUAAGGACUUACAGGAACCGACUCUUUUGAACAUGGGAAACAUCGGGCUACAUAACGAACAACUUUUUCUCCAACAACAGGCUCAUAAUUACAAACUGGAGAGACCAGUAGAUCAGAAUUACAAACGCAUAGUCAAUCGCUAUCCAACUCUUAAUGAUUUUGCCGUAUCAUCGUCAACUGAUAUGGUAUCUAAUGACAAUUCAGUGUCAAGUAACCUUGAGCAGAGAAUCGAUAAUAACCUGCUCAAGGUGCUCAGUCCAAAAUCAAAACAAAAGGAACAACAGUACUCGCCCAUAGGAUUCCCCAGGAACCUGAGCUCUCGAAACAUGGAACAACCAUCCAUGAAAUAUAACUAUCAGACAACUAAUGGUUAUCAGCGUUACACUGCCAACAACAUGGAGAGCUUGAAGUCCAUUCCACAAAAUGUCAUAAAUUAUCAGAAUGGCCUUAAACGAGCUAAUACUGUAAAUGCAUACAAAAAGGAUGCCUACGACCUGGCCAAAGAUAUUGGCUAUCCUGCUGGGACGCAUCUGGCACACAGAGUGAGUGGACCAUCCAUGGAUAAUGAUAUUCUGAAUCAUCUCUUCAAACAACGUCGUCAGCAGAUGCAGGGAAUGAGUGGAAUUCCUCCAAACGACGUUCUCUUCAAUACAGGACUGAUGCAAGGAACCACUACAAGAGGAACUGUCUUUCCUUCUGUGAUGCCAGUUGCAGUUCAAGUUCCGGUUCCUCCAUUACAUCCUGUCCUUUUUGGUGGUGGACUUGGCAUGAGAAACGGCGCUGGAGCUGCCAGACGUUCUGGUCCAGCCAGUAUACUGCACAUGAGACUUGAGCAGACUUACGAACAGUUCAAGCAACUUGAAAAGGAACGUAAAAAGUGCGAGGCUGGAUUGGCUGCUCAGUUUCCUGGGAAGAGAGUGACCAGCGCCAACAAUAUUCCAAUACCACGUCUCCAGGGUAAUCCUUCACGAGUUGAUCGUCUUAUCAUUGAUCAUUUGCGAGAGCACGCACGCGUCAUUACUCUGAUUGCAAAAAUGGAACGUUUACGCGGUGCCACGAUGAACCAACGUGUUCACAAGGCCAUGGAAUAUUGGCUAGAGGCUAUCAAGUUCGUUCAGGAAUGCCGAAAACAGGAAAUCACCAAUGCUGCCCAACGCCAGAAGGAGAAUCCUCACUGCAUCCCCAUUCACAACGAGAAAGACAUUCUAGGUCUCGCCAGUAGUAUUCAUCUGCUGACCAAGGCUUCGCGCUUCGCUAGAACCGGUAUGUAUAACGCAAUGCAGGCUACGCUACUGCACAACACGGAUAUAGAAAAGAAAAUCGUGGAAACCUCCAAAGACGCGAUACUCGAAGCAAAACAAACUGAGGAUCAACAACAGCAGCAGCAGCAACAGAACGUCAUUGCGAGUGUCGCCAGUUACACCAGCAGUACCUAGCAAAAUCGUCAAAAAUCCUGCAUUGUUCCGUGCGAGGAAGUGCGCCAGGGAAAGCUCGCUUAUUUUGCUUCAAAUUCGUACCAGGAAAGCUCCCCGUCUGAGCCGCUUUUACAAUUGAUUUCCCAAAGCGCGCCGACUCACCCAGCCUGAGCUUUUUUUUCCACCGGUUAACUGGCGUUUUUGAACUUGGUGCUAUGAUAGUAAGCGACGUCGAGCAACAACGCAAUUUCGGGUUCGUUAUUCGCGAGCAUGCACAAAGGAAGAAUCUGAAGAGAACGGGGAAGUACUAUUUUCACAGAAGAAGAGUCAAACUCUGAGGGGAAAUUUUUCAAGUGAAAGGAUCAAUGGUACUAAACGAAAUAAUGUUCCGAAAAUUCUUUUUAAAUAUGGCAAUUCGCAACGCACUCGCAAAUAUAACGACACGUCACGACGCUCUAACGUGUUGCAGUGGUGGAAAAAAAUCGAAAAAAAAUGGAGAAACAUAAAAGAGCUUCGCGUCGUAUUAUAUAACAUUUUUACACGUCAAUCGUGAUUCCGUAGUUUUUUAAAAGCGUGUAGCCGUCGAUUCAAUCGAACUGUGACCUGUAUCCGGAGAAAUCAGUUCGCGGCAUUUUACAUUCGACAUGUACACGAGAUAACACAUAUUGCGAUCACCGGAAACGUAAUUAUUGUAGAAACCGGUGCGAAACCGUCGAGGUCACUGUCGAGGAAGAUACGCACCGUAAGACUGAGGAUUCUCCUCAACGUCUUUAGGUUGACAUGAAGAAGUAAACGUCAGUAAAGAAUGUACCCAUAUCAGCCAGGGCUGAAAUCCCUCGUAUCCUCGGUCCGGUCGAAUCUUCACAUGUCGCAACAAAGAAAAAACAGCUCCGACCAUUAUUGGCUUAGGUAGAGACCUGGGUCUUUCUGAUCUAGGCUAAAUUUUACGAGUGUGUUAGUCCAGACGCUAGAAAACGAUUUUUUAGAAUAGUUAAAUGUGGCCUUCCUUAAGUGUGCGACCCAAAAUGUGUGUCAAGUAGUAAGUAUUUCGAUGAACGACGAAAAAGAAAAAAAAAAACAAUUUUCGAACGACGGAAUGGCGACCGGAGGACUGGCCGGAGUAUCAAGAGUUCAAAAAUUCGAAAUGAAAGAAAAAAAUGAAACGACAAUCAGAAAUGUAUUACAAAGAAAACGUAUAAACGAAAAGGAUGAAUAUACGUUAGGAUCGAGUCCUUCCUGAGUCCUCGAGUGCCAUUUUUUUUCGGCCGUCGCUCCGAUCGACAUAGAUUAUAAUCCGAUAUCGAUGUUACAAAGCAAUCCGAAUGCUGUCCACUGUACCGUAUUACGUAUUACGUGUAUACACGUAUAUCUAUAUGAUUGUAAUUCGCGUGGUUGCGCAAUAUCGACAACACUCCUCACGUUUCACGCUCAAUCGCAGACACACUCAUUACAUGAUGUACAAGGCACACGUGCUGGAGAAUGCGAAUGUACAUUCUUGGAAUGUUAGACACACACACAAACACUGACUCGACAUUACACAAAUUAAUGCAUUGAAUUAUAGGACGUAAAACUAAACCUAUAUUAACUCGUAAGUGAUGGGUCUACUACGUUAUAUUGGAAUGCGGUACGAAAGUUAAAAAAAGAAAAGAAAUAUCGUAAUACCCGCAAAGGAGCGGGAAAAUUUCAAACUUCUUAACUCUAUAAACGACUAGUAAGUUUUAUCGUAAAUGGCUGACUCGCUGAAAAGUUUUAGUAUUUCCUAUCGCGUACCGAGUUACGACGCGUUUGAUAAAAAAAAAAGUUUUGGCUUAGAUUUUUUAUGGAAUUUUCGGUCCCGCGGGCUCCGACUUUAACUGAUCGCCGAUAUAUGUACGUAAUAUAUCCGCUAAUUAACGAACCUUCCUAGAUCCGACUCUCGCCGUGAAAAUAUCUUAUAACUAUAUAGAAGAGGCCUUGCUGAUAUCUAAGACCCUUGCCAUGGGACCCUAUCGAGAUGAUUUACAUCUGCCGGAAACAAAAAUAAAAUCUCAUGUUAUUCACUCUCGGGACUUCUUUCAAAGUGAAUCUUCGAAUUAUCAAGGGCACUUUUGCAACACACAUGCAUUAUUCACUUCAUGCACAGGCGCACUUGCACUAUAAACAAAAAUAUUAUCAUCCACACAAACACAUAAAGUAACGCGCUCACUCAAGAGUCACUACCAUUUUUACUAGGCGAGGGACACAGUGCGCUGUUCGUUUUUAACUUUUUUACGAUUUGCCAGUAAACGAUCGCGCGGCCGUAGUUUUCUGCCAGGCGCGGGAAAGCAAUGUAUUUUGAGCAACUUUAGUACCUAAAUAUACCCCCCCCCCCCCCC